CUCUCUCUCCCCCUCCCUCCCCCCUGUAGCCUCUGGCCAAAAUUUCUUCCCGAUCGCAAAAAUGGCGGCUUCUCUUCAGUUUAACUUGAAAGCUUUCAGACCAUUUCCUCGAGACUUUCACUUGUCCUUCAGUAAAUCAUUUAAGCCUGGCCUUGUCAGGUGUUCCGCCGCCUCCCCUCCUUCCAAACGCAGUUACUCUAUCACUUUACUUCCUGGUGAUGGCAUCGGCCCUGAAGUCACCAUGGUUGCCAAGAACGUUCUCGAUGUCGCUGGAUCUCUUGAAGGGAUCAAAUUUAAUUUCCGUGAGAUGCCUCUUGGUGGAGCUGCAUUGGAUGAGACAGGAGUUCCAUUACCAGAUGAGACAUUGUCUGUAGCAAAGCAAUCUGACGCCAUUCUGCUUGGUGCAAUUGGAGGGUAUAAAUGGGAUAACUAUGAGAAGCGUCUAAAGCCAGAAACUGGGUUGCUUCAGCUUCGACAAGGACUUAAAGUAUUUGCCAAUUUGAGACCAGCUAUUGUAUUCCCACAGUUAAUGGAUGCCUCAACUUUGAAGAGAGAAACUGUUGAAGGGGUUGACCUCAUGGUUGUAAGGGAACUCACUGGAGGUAUUUACUUUGGAAAACCCAGGGGCAUUGGUACUAAUGAAAGUGGUGAAGAGACUGGCUUCAAUACUGAGAUUUAUGCUGCACAUGAGAUUGAUCGCAUAGCACGCUUUGCAUUUGAGAUUGCUCGGAAACGGCAUGGGAAGCUUUGCUCUGUUGACAAAGCCAAUGUGUUGGAGGCAUCAAUGUUCUGGAGGAGAAGAAUUUUGGCGAUGGCACAAUAUUAUCCGGGUGUUGAGCUCUCACACAUGUAUGUUGACAAUGCUGCAAUGCAACUAGUUCGCUAUCCCAAGCAGUUUGACACAAUUGUAACAAACAACAUAUUUGGGGAUAUAUUAUCAGAUGAGGCUGCAAUGAUCACUGGAAGCAUCGGAAUGCUUCCUUCUGCAAGUCUUGGAGAUUCGGGACCUGGGCUUUUCGAACCUAUACAUGGUUCUGCUCCUGACAUUGCUGGACAGGACAAAGCAAAUCCAUUUGCUACUGUUCUUAGUGCAGCCAUGCUUUUGAAGUAUGGUCUUGGAGAAGAUAAGGCUGCUGAGAGAAUAGAAAAUGCAGUUUUGGACACCUUGAAUAGGGGAUUUCGAACUGCUGACAUAUAUUCUGCUGGAAUGAUACUAGUAGGAUGCAAACAGAUAGGUGAAGAGAUAAUUAAGUCAGUUGAAUCCCAAGUUCCUGCUGCAGUAUAAAUCAGGCGUAGACAUGACAGUAUUUGCGUACUGAGUUCGGCUUGAAGAUCUCUUCUGGUAGACUAUGAUUGUCAUCAACGCUUUUUCUUAAUGCUAAGAAGCUAAGAAUUUUCCUAUACCGGAUAAUUCCAGGUUCCUUUCUCUACUAUUAAAAAAGGAAUAUAAAAUAGUUAUUUUAACUCGCAUUUAAUAGUUUUGAACUGUUGAGUAAUUUGACGCUGAAUAUUUUUGGAACUUUUUUUAACGGUUUUUAACUGUUAAAGUAUUCUUA